CGUGGCCAUGUCUCUUAGUUACCAGGCUAAGAACAUUCAGUAUUCGCUGUCUCUCGGCGUGAUGAACUGUUCAUUGCCUUGGUUGUGAAACACCCUCGUUCGAGUAUGAUUAUGAGGAUCGCCAUAAUAUUGUUAGUAAAGUUCAAAUUAUUGUUGGCGACUUUAUGUACAGAAAGUAAUUUCGCCUGGAUAUAUAUGCCAACCCAUGAUGGAAUCAUUAACUUUGAAAACAUCCUCUUGGAAUUGAGUGGAGUACCCCGAGCAGAAUGUGCUGCAAAGUGUGGGUCACACCCAGCGUGCUGGUCCUUCUUCUACCACGAGGGAAAUUUGUCUUGUCAAAUUCACUCCAUGAUAUUUGUGGAGCCGACUGGGAAUGCCAGUGACGGUACUGCCUACUUCAGGAAACCGACAGAAUGUUCUGUAGGCCCCACGGUUGAACACAGCGUGAAGUUGUUCGAUCCGACACAAGAACCUCAUAUUGCCGGCGAGGUGGUGACAUAUGACUGUGAUACAGGUCGGUUACCAGACACAGAGGAUGAUGUUACCUGUCUCAUCAGUGGAAAUUGGACAUCUAUGAUUUGCAAACGUCCUUCCACAUGUGCAGAGGUAAAGCGCUGUGAGAGCGGUCGCACUGAUGGAGAAUACUGGCUCUAUCCUCCUACGUUUAAUGGCCAAAAGGCCAGGAUUUAUUGCCAUGGAAUGUCGGGUAACGCCCCGGCCGAGUAUGUGUCACUCGGGACUUCCAACAGUGGACACUAUCCGAACACGAAGAGAGCAAACUGUGGGUCAACGGGAACGUGGCCAGGUAAAGGCGGUGAUACAACGUUUACCAAGAUAAAGGUCAACACUGAAACAAUGGAGAUUGUGUCUGAUGAUCAUCAGUUCGCUACAUCAACGAAUAACCUGUUCCCCUAUGGGGAGGCCCACGAUUGUUACACAAACCACGGGUCCAUCAACAAUUGUGGACCUCUUGGGACGUUCACUAUCGACACCACAGGCACUGGGAUGAGAGUUGAUCUUCAGGUUAACUGGGUUGGACGUGGAUGGAUGCCGUGGGCGAUAUUUAGUCGCUCUAACGAUGGACUUGUCAUCAACUUGAACUGUGGAGGUUUCUGCGGUCGCUGUGAAGCCGACAGACCAUUUGUUCUACAACCAUAUCCGUCCCAAGAGCCUGACAUCGCCACGGCCACCAGUUUGACAUGUGACUAAACUAGACAUUCACUGGCUUCUGGGACAACAACAAUACGUAUACGGAUAAUUUCAGAUGGAUUUUGGACCCCCAAUGUGUUAUAGGAAUUCUUCGUAGAUAUUAUGAUCCCCAUAUUGAGAAAAGGAAUGUAGACACUAAGUUUAAUGAUGCUUCAAUUCUCUGAAUGAUAGUUUCUGCUAUCAACACACAACACUAAACAAGAAUAAUUGUGUUUACAUGCAGUGCAAUUCAUGACGGUGAAUGGCAUCAUUAGUGCAUGACAGAAAACAGUAUAAUUAGCCAUAAAUUGUCAAUAGACUUCCUUGACACUGUUUCCGAUAGAAAGUGACAAAUCGCGUCAAGAAUCGUUCUUCUGGGUCUGUGCCAUAGAACAAGGAUCAUUGAUCAAGUUUAUGCCAGGAUAUCUGAGGAUUGCAAGACCAACCUCUUCAAAUGAGCAUACGACAGAGCGCUCGUUAAAAGUUCGACAAAACAUGAAAGGAACCACAUUUAGAUUGGGCUGUUUAUUUAUCAAUAUAAACAUUUACUUUGAAUCUAUAACCGUAGCCAGAUAUACCUUUCAGAGCUAUAUACCGCUCUCAGCUUCAAUGAGUCAAAUAUGUAAUCAUUUUUAACUAAGAAACUUAGUAGCCUUCAAUCGAUUUGUUAGUGUUAGUGUCAGAGAGGUUUUCUGUGACAGUUAAUGUUAAAGUAAAGUGGGUACAAGCAGGACACCACGCCUUCUCAGAUGUAUUUGUUGUAAAUCGUGUUUAUUUUCUUAAAAAUUGUUUCCCGGAUGUAAUGAAAACAUAAUGCCAUAUGUCUAUAAAAUGAAUUGUAUGUCGUUUCAUUUCAGAGUAAAACAAUGUGUGUUGAAGCAGUAAUAAAUAUAUUGAAUAAAAGCGGCAAAGCUCUUUCCAUAUUUAAUAGAAAUCAGAGUCAAUUGUACAAUUCCGACUAUAUUAUGAGCAUGCGUUUAUGGAUUACUAUCAAAUACCAGGUGUUUCCGAAAAGGGGAGCAUAUCCUUCCCCACCAGUGGCACAAACACAUACAAAGGCAAGUCAAGUGUUCACCUUAAAAAACACGGCAAAAUGGGGAACAAGUCAAAGUGGGGACAUCAUUUUUGUCACU